AUGGACUAUGUAGCCCUGCCAAAGAUUGAGCUCCACGCUCAUCUCACAGGCAGCAUCUCCCGCCAAACCCUCCACGAGAUAUGGCUCACCAAGUCCGCCUCUGGCUCGACCGAUCUCGAGGACCCUCUCCUCUCCAAGCCCCCCAUCAUCGUAGGCCUAGACCUCUGCGGCGACCCAACCGUCCGUCCCCAAGGCGAAAUAUCCCUCUAUACCCCGAUCUUCCAACGAGCCCGCGCCGCAGGCCUCGGCAUCACACUCCACUUCGCAGAAACUCCCGCCAGCGCAUCCCCCGCCGAGCUGCGCACCCUGCUCUCCUGGCAGCCGCACCGCCUCGGCCACGUCAUCUGGGACGACGACGAGUCCAAGCGCGAGGUUGCGCGCAGAAGAGAUGAGCUCUGUCUGGAGCUGUGCCUGAGCUGCAAUGUCCAGGCGGGCAUGGUGACGGGCGGCUUCGAGGGGCAUCAUUUCGGGGCGUGGAGGGCUGUGGAGGGUGUCAAGGUGACUCUUGGGACCGACGACGUGGGCAUCUUCGGCAGCCCCCUAUCCAACGAAUACCGCCUCGUCGCGCAGCACUUCCGCCUCGACAAGGCCCAGAUCUGCGCCCUCGCCAGAGAAUCCAUCGACCACAUCUUUGGCGGCAAGCACGAAAAGGAACGACUGCGGAAUAUUAUGUGGACUUGA